CAGCAUUGUAUUAGAGGUAUAUAGGGGCAGCAGUAAGCUGCUCUAAAGGCAUCUCAUCAUCAUCAGAGAAAUAAUUACAUCUCAACCAAAGACAGGCUCCUGCAGAAUCUUAAAAAAGUUUAUCCUCUGUUUCAAGAUGCCGACCACCAACAGAAUUAUCUCUGAAACCCGAAAGUCAGAUAAAGUUUAUGCAGGAAAGAAAAAUAAAGCUGGAAACACGCUUGCAGUAAAAAUCCCUGUCUAUGAGCCAAAUAUUCCUGAACCAAAAUGUCGGGCUGAUCUCAUCAAACACUGGAUUAAUCUGUCUCUGGAUGACAGAACAUCCAAUAAGGUGCUGUGGAUCACAGAAGAUGGGGCUAAAGUGACCCGUAUGACUGAUGACAUCACUUGUCCUGUAUUGGACAGACCAGAAAGAUACGAGUACACACCACAGGUUCUUUGCAAAGAAGGCAUCCUUGGUUUCCGAGGCUAUUGGGAGGUACAAUUCUCUGGAUGGGUUGUGAUCGGAGUAGCAUUUGAAAGAUCCGGAAGGAGAAACAGCGAGGGGCCCUGUGGUCUCGGAGAAAACGAGGAAUCCUGGGGGCUGGAAUGGAGCGGCUCCUGCUAUCAAGUCUGGCACAAUGGGCAUGGAAAGGAGAUAGGAGGGAUUCCCCAUUAUACCACAAUAGGUGUAUAUGUUGAUCAGCCCGCUGGUUUACUCAGCUUCUAUGCUGUUGAAGAGAUAGAAGAGGGAGAGGGAGGUCCACUCAGAAAAGAGGUUAAGCUUUUGCACCAGAUCAGAAGCUCGUUUAAACAGAAACUGCUGCCUGGUUUCUGGGUGGGGACAAACUCUUACUGUUUAAUCCUAAAAAAAGAGGAAUAGAGAACCAGACUGACAUCUGAACACCAGAUCUUGCAGUGAAUAAAACUAAAUUCUGCAAAUAAAUGAGGGUUGCUGAAAGAAUCCCUUUAAGAUAAAACAAGUAGGUGGAGAGCUUUAAACAAAUUUAACUGGAAAGACCAACAAAGGGAUUUAAUAUGUUUGGUUCCCUUUUCACUUGUUGUCUACCUAGACUUCUGGUUCUAGAUUAACACACCAGUAGCAAGCAUAGCAUAUUAUUUCCACUAUAUGUAAAGUAAUUUUAAGGGACACUUCCAGUUAAAAUCUUUUGCCAUUCAUCUUCUACAUCAGCUUCUUCUGUAGAAGUCAAUGGCAACUGGUGCCAUUUUCUACUGUAGUGGUCUAUGGGUAAAAGUAGGAUUCACUCUGGUCAAAUUGGCAAUCCAUCACAGGGCAACAGUACAAACAGCCAUACACAAACUCAAUUAUACCUAAGAUUAAUUCAGAGACCUUGUUGACCUAACAGUCAUCGUUAUAGACUGUUGAAACAAAGCCAGAGGAACCCUAAGAAGGGAUUCAAACCAGGAACCUUCCUGCUGAUAGGCACCAAUGCAGCUAACUGUGCAAAAUAAAACAGAGUAGCAAUUUUGUGAAGAAUUUUGGAGAAAAAUGCAUUGUUUUAACCAAGAAUCUCUUAAGAAAGUUUUAAGGGGCAAAAAAUGGCUUUCUGUUGCUUGUAUUGUGUCAUCAUGGAGUACACUCAGGAGCAUUUAUAACAUGGCAGAUAUGUUGGUUGGAUAAAGGGCUUUCAAACAAGACACCUGUGUCAGUAACUCAGAAACAGGCUAGACCUUUGCUUACUGGUUACAGUAAGUCUUUCUACUAAGUUACUCGAGGAUCAUGGGUACAUCAGACAGCAUAAAGAGAGCUGUACGAUAAC